GUUUUUUUUUUGCUCAAACCAACGGAAGGAUGAACGAAAGAAAACUCUUGUUUUACUCCAAAAUUUGAACAUUCCCAAUGUCGCAGCUAGUAUCAGCUAUCUGAACGUUCCUGUUCAAGAGCAUUGGAAUUGGGGGAAAGCAGAAGAGCUCGUCGAAGGUGCCUUAAUACUGUCGACGAAACCAGGAUGGAUGUAGUGAAAGAUGUUGAGCUUGCGGCCAUGGGAAUCGUCCAUCGUCGCCCACGCCAACGGACAAUCGCUGAUUACCGCGGACCCCAUCAUCUCGUUUUGAUGGGGCACGGAGGCCCGCAGGCCGAAAACCUACAUCGAAUCCUCCACGAGACGGCCAUCAAGUGGAUCGGUUACUGCGAGCACGUGGUUUUCAUCACACUAAAACCGCUCGAGCCAGUAUCGAACAGAAUUCGUUCGCAGUACAUGGAACUGUUGAACAAAAUCAUCGUCUACUGCCCGCUAACGUUCGAAGAAGCUCUGGAUAAGCUGAUGGGGUUACAGAGCUGGCUAAACCCGUUACCGGACCUGGUGAUCGUUGAAUCGUUGGACUUAUUACUAACGGCUGGAACUGAGUCCGUCCCGAGCGACCCGGUCGGUCAUGCCGAUUGGAUUGCACUCCGGCAAUCACUUUUUCUCGCUUGUCUCAGCGAUACCGUGCGAGUCCUGGGAGCAAAGUUGAAAGACGAUUGCUACAGCAUUGUAAGUUUUAGCGACAGGACUAACUGCUACGAUAGCAAGGCACUCGCGAUGUUUGCUCGUGAAGAUAGUAUCAUUGAUACUGAUAACAUCCAUGGACCAUACGAUAUUGUGUCCUUUCUUUGGAAACUGUGGCAAAUAAUUAAGGCAAACGAAAGUGAAGAAGAGAACACGUUAAACUAGAAUACAACAGAAUGAUCGAAGGUGGUAGUAGGUAAAUUUCUUUAUUUCUUUAUUGUUACAAAUUCAGCGCGAUAAUGAUUUCGUAUGAAGUCGAUUCCUUUGCUAGCUAUCUCAUCCUCAGUACCGCACGCAGUCAGAUUCUCUCGAUGAUCCACAAUUUUUUAGAUUGAUUUUAGAUUCACUAAACUGCCUAUUAUUCGUACAAUUUGUUGCAUUUUAUUGAUGCGUUCUUUUAUUAUGUUCAAACACCAUGCAUCUUGCAUAUCGCGAAAUGAAGGAAUCCCUAAAUUGCCCGUUACGGUCAUUCAACUUUUCUUUGGUCAAAAUGGAGAGCACUUCGCCCAGCAUCGCCAGAAAAGCGGAAACAAUCUAGUUUUGUCUUGUACGUUAGGAAUGGGCAUAAUUCCACUUUUCCAUGAAAUUGGUUUAUUUUUUUGUGUUUUUGUGCUUAGGAAAACCUCAAUGUUCUGUUAAUAUUUAAUUGUUUCAUUCAGCUUGUCCACAUAAAACUAUCUGUUCAUAGAGCGUUUCUAUAUUUACCGAUGUCGCAUGAGUUAAAGAUAAAAUAUUAAAAAUGUUUAUUAUCAACCUGGAA